AUGGGUUCAAUGCCAAAGCCUCAAGAGAGAGUCAGUGAUAGGAUAAGUGCACUACCAAAUGAGGUUCUUUGCCACAUACUUUCAUUUCUUCCAACGAAGUAUGUUGUUAGGACCACCGUUUUGUCUAAGAAAUGGAACAACAUAUGGACUUGCGUUCCUAAUCUGUACUUUUGUGACGAUGACUACCCUAAUGUUAAUGCGUUUAUAUCAUUUGUGGAUCAUGUACUUGACUCUCCUGACUUAUCACGCAUCCAAAAGUUCCAUCUUCGAUGUGACCAUGACUACUUCGAACCCCCACCUAUUGAUCGUUGGAUUCACAGUGCAAUUAGACGGAAGGUUGUUGAACUUGAUCUUUGUGUUUCUCACUUUGAUCCAGACGACAAUUUGGAAUUGCCUCAAACAAAUUUCAUGUGCGAAACACUAGAAGUUUUGAAGCUGCAGUUUCAUUUUAUUGCUCAUUCUCUUACAUCAAAGUGUUUUCCAAAUCUCAAGUUCCUCUAUGUUCUAAUUCAUCAUCCUGAUAUUGAAUCAGUGAAAAAUGUUUUAUCUUACCUUCCUGUACUGGAAGGUUUGAGAAUUGGGGGAUCUCUUGACGAUUAUGAUGUUGAAAGUCUGGAUAUCAACAUCUCUGCACCAUCACUGAAGACGUUAGCUAUAUGUUUGGAGUUUGACGAUUUUGAUGAGGAGUUCAAGAUUUGUAUUGACGCUCCAAAACUUGAAUCCCUUGAUGUCCAGCUACUUACUAGUUUGUUAAAUUUUUCUUUGUUGAUCAAGGAAAAUCUCAUAGUCAAGGCCAAUGUGGAUCCUCUAUGGGAAGUUGUCAGUAGUGGUGAUAUUGCAGACGUGGCAGAUAUUCUCUUCUAUGCAGAAGAGCCUGAUCGCGCAAUAGCACUUCUGAGAAAUGUCUCCAAUGUCAAGUACCUGUCUCUUUCAGCUCAUAGUUUGGAAGGUGAUUUUCCUGCAUUUGACAAUUUGAACCAACUGAAGCUGGUUUUUUACGAUUGCGGUUACUGGAGAUAUCUGACAAAUUUACUCGAGAGAUCACCUAAUCUAGAAUAUCUCGUCUUUGAAUACAAAGAUUGUACCAUAUGCAAUGUAGAAGACUUCAGGCAUGAAUUUAUUCCACAAGAAGUUGUGCCUAUUUCUUUGUCGUCGCAGCUCAAGAUUAUUACUGUAAACAGAUUCAAGGGAACGCGUGGUGAGAUGGAAUUGGUAAAGUACUUGUUAAAGAAUGGUGGAGUACUAAAUAAGAUGACCAUUGACGCUUCAGGGAAUACAAAUCUUCCGCAUGCACGUACGAAGGUGUUAUCAAAGGAAGUUUCACUGUUAAAAAUGGUUUCGAAGUCUAAGAAUCAAGCAAGAUUCAUGUUGUCAUGUUCCCCAUUUGUAGAGAGGAAGGGGGAAGUGGUGAAAAAUACAUCUAGGAUCAUAGUUUUUAAUCCCUUCAUAGCUGGACAGAUUGAAAGAAACGAAGGCGUGGAAGACGCUGGUUCUUCCCAGCUGUUGUUUAUUACUUCAUCUUUCUUGAAGGGUUGUUCUCUGCCUGCUUUUGAUAAUUUGAGCAAAUCGACGCUGGUUCUUCACAGUUGUUGUUACGGGUGGGAAAUGCUAAUAGAGUUGCUCAGGGGAUCGCCUGCUCAGAGCUUCCAUGGUAUGCACCGGAUUUUGUUCCAUUUGUUUAUCGUCAUAAAUCAAAACUAUCUCCAUGAGGGCAUUCCGGGGAAAUCCAGAUGA